AUGAUACAAUUAGGGAAAUUCAUUUUGUUUUUGUUUUAUUUUUUACAUAUAUUUGCUUGUUUUUGGUUUUGGGUACAAUUUUAAAUAUUUUAGAUAGGCUCUUAUAGUUAAUAAAAUGAAGGACAUAGUUGGGUGAGUAUAUCUCAGGUAUAAGAUCUUGAUUGGAAUUUGUAAUAUUUGGAAGCAUUUUACUUUUCAACAGUGACUAUGUUUACGGUUGGAUAUGGAGAUGUGGCUCCAGUUUCAAAUUUAGAGAAGGCUACUUCAGUAUUGUUCAUAAUGAUUACAAGUAUUUAAUUGCCUUAUUCUAUAAAUACUGUUGGAAAGUUUAUUGAAGAGAUAACAGCAUAUGGAGAGGAGACAAUGAAGAAAUUGAGUAUAAUAAAUACAUAUAUGGAGAAGAGGAAGAUAUCUUUUAAUUUAUAGAUGGAGAUAAGAUAAUAUUUGAAUUAUUAUUGGUAAACAUAGAAUUAAUAGGAUAAUGAAGAUUAGAAGAAGAUAAUAAAUUAAUUAUCAGAAUGUUUAAAAGAAAGAUUGAUGGCUGAGGCAUAUUAAUCAAUGUUAAAUGAUUGUCCUUUAUUUAAGAAUAGAUUUAGUUAGAGUUUGAAACAAUUAUUAGUAAAAAAGGUGAAGAGUGUAAUAUAUCCACCUGAAUCAUUUAUAGAUAAUGAUUAAAUAUAUUUAUGUUUUAUUGAUGAAGGUGAAGUGGAGAUUCAUUUGGAAAUAAAUAAAUAAUUUCCUGUUGGUAGAUAAAUGAAGGGACAUAGUUUAGGUAUAAGUAGUUUUAUAACUGGUAAAAAUGCUCCAGAGAGAUUUAAAUGUCUAUCAUUUACAAAAGUAAUGUUAUUAAGUAGAGUUGAUUUUUUGAAAUGUUUAUAAGAAUGUCCAUAGGAUUUUGAGAUUUUUUGUUAAAUGAGAGAUUAUUUGACAUUUAAUCCAGGGAAACAAUUACAUCCAAUUAAUUGUUUUUCAUGUGAUUCAAAUUAACAUAAAUUGAUUGAAUGUCCUCUUAUUCAUUUUGUACCUGAUAGAGAAUAGAUAUUAAAGAAACAUAUAAAAUCAUAAUAAUAGGAUAGAUAGAUAAAUAGAUAAAGAUCAAAAUAUAGACAAAAUAAUUGUAGAGGGAAUUUAUCUGAAUUGACUAGAGCAGCUUGGAAGAUUUAAUCUCAAAGAUAUGAAAGAAUAAAAUUAUAUUAUGAUUAAGAUGAGAUAAAAAGAUAGAUGAGAAAAAGUAGAAGUGUAUCAUUUUAUAAUGAGAAAGAUAUAAUAUCUGAAUACAAACAUAGAUUUAUUCAUAUAGUCAAAAUGAUUAUAUAUAUAAAUAGAUUAAGGAUACUUCCAAAAACAAGAAUAAAAAAAUAUCCAUAAAUAAAUGAAUAAUUUUUAUCUUAAUUAUUUGAUAGAUUGAAAUUAGCUAAAAAGAAUGAAAGAAUAUUCAAUAAAGAAAUUAAUGAGAUUUAAGAUCUUAUUGAUCGUUUAAAUUAAAAGUCUAGUUUACAUGAUUUUGAAAUAAAUCAUGAAUAUCAAUUUUAUAAUAGUGUUAAUAAUUUAUCAAGGAUUCCUAAUUUAUAAACUAAGUUGAAGAUUGGAUUAAUUAUGAAAUUUAUGCCAUAUUUUCUAUUCCCAGGAGAAAUAAUAAAAAGAUUUGGAUGCAAACCAUCAAUUCGAAAUAUCAUUAAUUAUAGAAGAAGAAAGAAUGUGAUUUUGAUUUGA